UCCGCCUCCCGGGUUCCAACGAUUCUCCUGCCUCAGGCUCCCGAGUAGCUGGGAUUACAGGCGCCCGCCGCCAUGCCCGGCUAUUUUUUGUAUUUUUAGUAGAGACGGGAUUUCACCAUGUUGGCCAAGCUGGUGUCGAACUACUGAACUCGUGAUCGGCCCGCCUCAACCUCCCAAAGUGCUGGGAUUAUAGGCGUGAGCCGCCGCGCCCGGCCCGCCUAAGCUUGUUUUUACCGCUAGGAGGUGCCCUUGGACCACAGCUGAAUUCUCAAUGCUAGACAGUUGGGAAACUCACAGUAGCCUAGACUUCCAGCGUGGUGUGGACGAGGAGACCCUGUCCCACCCUUAACUAGAGACCUCGCUGGGCCUCUCCACCAAGUAUUCCUCUCGUGUGUUCACCACAGACCAGGACUGUGAUGGACACACAAUGAAAGAGAACCAGACCACGGAUACUCACGAGCAAACAAAACAUGACUAAGCGUAGCCUGGGUAGCAAUGCCUCUUAGGCCUGUCCUAGUUUUGCCAGGUUAUCCUUCUGCCCCUUCGUUCUCAGUUUCCGUACCAAUAAAUAACACGUCCGUAAUGAAACACUAAAAUAAUGUUUAAAGCGCUACAAAACAAUAACUAGUUUUGCUUAAAAUGUGGCGCGCCUGUAUUUCUGAAAUGUUGCCCCAAGCUGCCACAGAGGCCGGCCAGCCCGCUACGAAAGCCCCUUUUUAGGGCCCUCGGGGAGAUUCCCCUUUGUCAUUAGCUCUCCGGCCUCCUCAGAGGGCCCAAUAGCAGGACCCAUUGUGAUGGUGAGUGACUCCCCGGGGCCUCCGCUUUUCUAGGCAGUGGUUGCGUCCAGAGCCCCUCUGACGCAGGAGUGGCGAUCCUUUCCAGGGUGAUGACUGGCUGGCUGGGGCUGGGGGUGGGCUGACCUCCGCGGCGCUGUGCCGCCACCAAGAGGCCCCGCCCCCGUGUUGGGAGGUCAUUUGUAUGCAGCCUCGCGAUUGGUCACUCGGCUCCCGCGAGGGGAAGGGGAGGGAAGCAGCGCGUACUCGCGCGUGCGUGAGCCGGUGCGUGAGCUGGCGCGCGAGAAAGGGCCCGGUCGCGUCGAGGCUCGAGCGCCCGUCGCCAUUUUGUAGGGUUCUCCCUGACGCGGGAGCCGCCGCCGCCGCCGCCGCCACCCGGAGAGGUGAUAGAUUGUGCUAUGCAUGCUGACCCUCGACCUCCUGUUUCCAUGUCACACAUAGUUCGCACUUCUCAAGAACAAACCGCCCUUCUACUGAGGAAGAAUAAUGAAUGUCUAUGCGAGGGUCUCUGAAGGCUCUUGUCAGGAUGGUGAAGCUGUUCAUCGGAAACCUGCCCCGGGAGGCCACAGAGCAGGAGAUUCGCUCUCUUUUCGAACAGUAUGGGAAGGUGCUGGAAUGUGACAUCAUUAAGAACUAUGGCUUUGUGCACAUAGAAGACAAGACGGCAGCUGAGGAUGCCAUACGCAACCUGCACCAUUACAAGCUUCAUGGGGUGAACAUCAACGUGGAAGCCAGCAAGAAUAAGAGCAAAGCUUCAACCAAGUUACACGUGGGUAACAUCAGCCCCACUUGUACCAACCAAGAGCUUCGAGCCAAGUUUGAGGAGUAUGGUCCGGUCAUCGAAUGUGACAUCGUGAAAGAUUAUGCCUUCGUACACAUGGAGCGGGCAGAGGAUGCAGUGGAGGCCAUCAGGGGCCUUGACAACACAGAGUUUCAAGGCAAAAGAAUGCAUGUGCAGUUGUCCACAAGCCGGCUUCGGACUGCCCCUGGGAUGGGAGACCAGAGUGGCUGCUAUCGGUGUGGGAAAGAAGGGCACUGGUCCAAAGAGUGCCCAGUAGAUCGUACGGGUCGUGUGGCAGACUUUACUGAGCAGUAUAAUGAACAAUAUGGAGCAGUUCGCACACCUUACACCAUGGGCUAUGGGGAAUCCAUGUAUUACAACGAUGCAUAUGGAGCACUCGACUACUAUAAGCGAUACCGGGUCCGCUCUUAUGAGGCAGUAGCAGCAGCGGCAGCGGCUUCUGCAUACAACUACGCAGAGCAGACCAUGUCCCAUCUGCCUCAAGUCCAAAGCACAACUGUGACCAGCCACCUCAACUCUACUUCUGUUGAUCCCUAUGACAGACACCUGUUGCCAAACUCUGGCGCUGCUGCCACUUCAGCUGCUAUGGCUGCUGCUGCGGCCACCACUUCCUCCUACUAUGGAAGGGACAGGAGCCCACUGCGUCGUGCUGCAGCCAUGCUCCCCACGGUUGGAGAGGGCUACGGUUAUGGGCCAGAGAGUGAGUUAUCUCAGGCUUCAGCAGCUACACGGAAUUCUCUGUAUGACAUGGCCCGGUAUGAACGGGAGCAGUAUGUGGACCGAGCCCGGUACUCAGCCUUUUAAAAACUGGAGGUGUGAACCUCAAAUGGACUGAAUAACCCUGAGUUGGUUGCAGUCCCAGGAGCCUGAUGUUAAUGAGGCUGCCAGGAUGAAAUACUCCAGAACUGUUGGGGAUACAAAUUCGGGUCUCACCCUAGCAGAACUGAUCCAAGAACGUCACAACUUUUGAAGUCGAUUGGCACAGAUCAAGACCAAGAUUUGGCCCUUUGUCUGUAAUAAGUAGAGGAACUUGGUGUGAGUUAACUUUUUUUUUCCCCCAGCCAUUGGUGUCUGGAGUUCCCAUCAUCAAUAGAAGGAUUAGAGAAUUUUAGGAGUGAUUUCUUCUUUUGAUUUGGCAAGGGAGAUUUGGUCAAUUAGGGGAACUACUGGAACUGUGGCUCUAACUCUGUGACAGUGUGACAUGUAGGUGUGUUGGAAUUGGGUGAAUGACUGGCUGCUCCUUGAUAUCCUACCCCUUGUGACCAUUUCUGAAAGCUUGUUUACUGUGAAAGAUUAAAACAAAACACAUUUAGAAUAGUGCAGUUCGCCAUAUAUGACAUCUCAGCAUCUUCUGCUUUUCCUGGACCCCAAAAUUAAAUUGCAGUUCUUGAAAACGUAUGUAUGCCCUUUGUUGCAGCAACAGUAGCCUUCUGUCACAGGGGUUAUCUUGCCUAAAAGAUGGAUAAGAAAGAUGUAUUUAUCACCAACACAUUCUUCAGCUAGAUUGCAUCUUUUCCUAUAUAGCCAUAAGUAGAUUCCUAUAUAUAGCUAUUAAUAGACUCCUAGGUAAUUACAUAAGAUAUGAGUUAGAUCCAGUCUGACUUGGUUUUGUUUUGUUCUUUUUUCCCCCCCCGUGGAAUACAGGAUGGGACCCAGGGCGCUUGUACUCGGAGCCAGGCUGCUCUCCAGGCAUUGUGUAAGCCUCUUGUGUUGUGCUCUCUUUCAGGUAGGAUAAUUGCGGACUGAACCCUCGGGCUGCGGUCAUAUAUGAGAACUUGCUCCGCGCGGUCCCCUUUGCCGGGAUGUUUCCAUUGCUUCAUGUUUCAGUAAACAAAAGGAGUUUGUGACCAACUAUGUUUUCUUUCUUAAUUUAAUUCUUCUAAGUUGACUUUUCUUUCCUCCUGAAACUAGUCUCUGUAGCCUUUCACUCUGUUCCUUACAUUCUCAGCCUCUGAGCAGCCCUAGGUAAGGAUUAUGCUGGCAUCCCCUUUUUCCUGUGCAGUGGAGCCCCUCUUAUCUUGCUUUCCCUAGGAGUUGAAUCCUUCUCCCUGCCUACCUGCAGCAUCUCCUUUCCCUUUAAAAUGACCAUGUAGUGGCAAGCAGCCUUUUACUCUUCUGUUAGCUCUGGACUCUAACAUUGAAGUUACUCUUCUGAAAUUGCUAGGACCAUUGGGGGUUUUGUUGUUUUGUUUUGUUUUUUUAUGUCCGACCUGUGAUCGUGGUACAGCAUUAGCUGAAAUUUACCCUUUAUUCCACGCCUCCCUUUUUUUUUUUAAAUUUUUUGACAAAUAAACGUUUCUAACACUUAAA